AUGGAGCUCACCUCAGCCCCUCUCCACAAAGGACAGGUCUCCUGGAGGGGACUCCUGCUCACAGUCUCUCUUUUAACCUACUGGAAUUCUCCCACUGCUGCCCAACACUUCACUCUUGAAGCAGUUCCACCCAACGUAGGGCAUAACGUUUUUCUACAUGCCCAUGGUGUGCCGAACUUUAACCAGUGUAACUGUUACAAGGCAGAAAGCUUUAGGAAGUCCAUGAUAUCCACAAAUAUUCAAAAACAAAAAUUAGAUUAUGGGCCUGGAUACAGAGAGGCCUUUGCAAGAAUCCUAAGUACCACAGAGGGCAAUCAUCUCUCUGUGGUCAGCACAACACCACUACCCAAGCCCAAUACCACAACCAACAAUUCCAAUUCCUUUGAUGGUGAGGACUCAGUAGCAUUAAUGUGUGAGCCUAAGACUCAGAAUACAGCCUACCUGUGGAGGAUAAAUGAUCAGAGCCUCUCAGAAGAGGACAGGCUGAAGCUGUCUGAGGACAACAGGACUCUCACUUUACUCAGUGUUGUGAGGACUGACACAGGACACUAUGAAUAUGGUUCAGAUGUCCUGAUCAUAUCCCCCUCAUAUAUUCAUUUCCAUUUAAGGACAAACCACAUCUCCUGCCACACAGAUGCUAACCCACCUGCACAGUACUCUUGGUUUGUCAAUGGAGAGUUCCAGUCAUCCUCCGAAGAGCUCUACAUUCCCAACAUCAAUACUAAUAAUAGUGGAUCUUAUACCUGCCUUGUCAAUAAUGUCACUGUCCUCAGUAAGACCACAGUCAAGAACAUUACAGUCCUUAAUCCAGUAACUAAACCCUCCAUUCAAGUCAACAAAACCAUAGGCAAAGACCUGGUCUCUGUGUUCCUGAAGUGCCCGUCAAAGGACAUUGAUAACUCCAUUCAUUGGUUCUUCAAAGGCCAGAGUCUGAAUAUCAUGAAUAGGAUGAGACUGACCCAGAACAACAGCAGCCUCCAAAUAGUCCCUGCCAGGAGGGAGGAUUCCAGGGACAAUCACUGUGAUGUAUCCAAUCCACUCGGUUCCAAGAGGAGUGACCCCAUCCAGCUGGAUAUAACAGGUGAGUGACCUCUGUUCUCCUCUUACUCCAUAGUGAUGUGGUGGGCACAAUUUCUUUAUCAACAGAGUGCAGAAUGGGUAAAAGUCAC